CUGGAGCUCAGGAGGAGUGAAAGUUAGGAGAGGAGGAGAGGAGCAGCGGACUGCAGGAGCCUCAGGAGCAACAAGGGAGUUCCAACCAAAAUGUUGCCCACCCGGUGCCUCGUGUUGGUGCUGUUGGAGCUGACCCUCGCUCAGUACGAACACCUCGGCUACCCGCCGGGUUACGACACCGAGCAGGAGCUGUACAGUGCCCCCCAGCUGACGCCCGACACGCCCAGGAUCCAGCUCCGACUGUCGGGCGAUAAGAGGAAACACAACGAGGGCCGCGUGGAGGUCUACUACAAGAACGAGUGGGGCACGGUGUGUGACGACGACUUCAACAUCCACUCGGCUCAGGUGGUGUGCCGAGAGCUGGGGUACCUGGAGGCCAUCUCAUGGUCGCCGUCGUCCAAAUAUGGGAAAGGAACAGGUCCCAUCUGGUUCGACAAUCUCCACUGCACGGGCAAAGAGAAGACGUUAGCGCUGUGUCCGUCCAACGGGAUCGGCGUGUCCGACUGCAAGCACAGCGAGGACGUGGGCGUGGUCUGCAGCGACAAGAGGAUCCCCGGGUUCAGGUUCAUCAACUCCCUGCCCAACCAUGUCGAGAACAUCGAUAUCCAGGUGGAGGACGUGCGCAUCAGAGCCAUCCUGUCCUCGUACAGGAAGCGGAUCCCGGUGACGGAGGGCUACGUGGAGGUGAAGGACGGCGGUAAAUGGAAGCAGAUCUGUAACACGGACUGGUCCCCGCUAAACGCCCGAGUGAUCUGCGGCAUGUUCGGCUUCCCCGGAGAGAGGAAGUACAACGCCAGGGUCUACAAGAUGUUCGCUCGCCGCAGGAAACCCUCGUACUGGGACUACGCUGUGAACUGCACUGGGAAUGAGGCGCACCUCUCCAGCUGUAAACUGGGGCAGGCUUCACCGCUGAAGUCCAACGUGACCUGUGGGGGGGGGUUGCCUGUGGUGGUGAGCUGUGUGGCCGGAAGAGACUUCGCCCCCACCCCCAUGACGGGGUUCAGGAAGGCCUUCAGACAGGAGCAGCCGUUGGUGCGUCUGCGUGGGGGGGCCAUCGUGGGCGAGGGCCGGGUGGAGGUGCUGAAGAACGGGGAGUGGGGGACCAUCUGCGACGAUAACUGGAGCCUGCUGUCGGCCACCGUGGUCUGCAGGGAGCUGGGCCUCGGGACGGCCAAAGAGGCGCUGUCUGGAGGACGCCUGGGACAAGGGAUGGGUCCGGUGCACAUGAACGAGGUGCAGUGCUCUGGGUUUGAGAAGUCCAUCACCGAGUGCUCCUUCAACAAGGAGUCGGCGGGCUGCAGCCACGAGGAGGACGCCGCCGUCCGCUGCAACGUCCCCGCCAUGGGCUUCCAGCAGUCGCUGCGCCUCAGCGGGGGCCGUAACCCGUUCGAGGGCCGGGUGGAAGUGCUGAUGGAGAAGAACGGCUCUCUGGUCUGGGGCACGGUGUGCAGCGAGGGCUGGGGGACCAUGGAGGCCAUGGUGGUCUGCAGGCAGCUGGGACUGGGAUUCGCCAGCAACGCCUUCCAGGAGACGUGGUACUGGCCGGGCGAGGUGAGCGCUGACUCGGUGGUGAUGAGCGGGGUCCGCUGCUCUGGCACCGAGAUGUCUCUGAACCACUGUCUGCACCACGGGCCCCACCUAAGCUGCUCAAAGGGGGGGGGCCGCAAUGCCGCCGGGGUCUCCUGCUCCGAGACGGCCCCGGACCUGGUUCUGAACCCCCAGGUGGUGGAGCAGACCACCUACAUGGAGGACCGGCCCAUGUUCAUGCUGCAGUGCGCCUACGAGGAGAACUGCCUGUCCUCCACGUCCAGCGACACGCCGGCCAACUCGUACCGCCGCCUGCUGCGCUUCUCCUCCCAGAUCCACAACAACGGCCAGUCCGACUUCAGGCCCAAAGCGGGGCGCCACUCCUGGGUGUGGCACGACUGUCACAGGCAUUACCACAGCAUGGAGGUGUUCACCCUCUAUGACCUGUUCACCCUCAACGGGACCAAAGUGGCGGAGGGACACAAAGCCAGUUUCUGUCUGGAGGACUCCGAGUGUGACGAAGGAAUCGAGAAGAGAUAUGAGUGCGCUAACUUCGGAGAGCAGGGGAUCACUGUGGGCUGCUGGGACACGUACCGACACGACAUCGACUGCCAGUGGAUCGACAUCACCGACAUCAAACCUGGAGACUAUAUCUUCCAGAUAGUGAUCAACCCGAACUACGAGGUGCCGGAGUCGGACUACAGCAACAACAUCAUGAAGUGCAGGUGUCGAUACGACGGCCAUCGGGUCUGGAUGUACAGCUGCCAUAACGGCGGGUCUUUAAGCACUGAGACGGAGCAGACGUUCCCCGGCCUCCUCAACAACCAGGUGACCCACAGGUAGAGACGCUGCAGACCCCCACACCCCCCCUGCAGUGGAGACCCCUGAUCAACAUCCAAAGACUCUUAUAAACUCUGGCCAGACCCCCUUUAAAUAUUCUCCUCCAUCCAUGAGGCAGCAUCUUCCAUUCCUCCUCCCCAUGAAGCUACCUGAUGGGAAGAUGGGCACUGCCACAGGUUGCUAGCCGCUAGUUGCUAGCUUCCAUUUUAACCAACGCAUCACCCGUGUGUGUUCCUUGCUCUGGAUCAGCCCGGAGUCGGAGCCUCUCCACGGCUCCUCAGAAACCCAUAGGCCAUGUAACGGGAAAGAUUGUCCAUAUUUUAUGUUCCAUGGUAAACACCCAUUCUAAGUCUUCAAGGCUGAAUAGAGCAGUGCAGGAAUGAGUCAGCACUUCCUGUCCCCUGGUCUGGAGGUCAAUGGUUUGCUGAAUGUGAUUGUGGUUUACAGAGAGGCAGAGAUUUACACAUUUGGUUCUACCACAAAAACAGGUUGCUAACGAGACGACUAAACGCCCAACAUUAGCCACCGUUAGCUUAGCAUAUGUGUAGAUCAUCCUGCUGAACUAAACGUUUGUUCGACACAGAGAGUAUGUUCUGCAAUAAUCCAAAAUCACAUGAAGAAAUCCCAUUGGACCAGGGAGAUGCUGCCUUCAGGGUCCAACACAGAAAAAGGACACUCCUGCGCCGCUCUUCUCUGACAGUGAUGGAAAACUCCUCCCUGUGUAUUCAGUGGGAGUGGCAGAUAUUACUUACUGUAUUGAAGUUUUUUGACUGUUUUACUCCUUACGUUCAAUACUGUGUGUGUUAAUGCUAUUUUAUUGUCCUUUUUAUAAUGGUGCUAUCUAACCGCUCCUCUGUUUUCUGAGGGUGCGGUACACGUUGAACAGCUACAUUAUGUAUACUAACAGUAUACUUGAACUGACCGUAUCAAACAUUUGCUUUGUGUGUAAAACUGUAAUAAAGGUCUGAGUUAUGGAGCAACCAAA